AAUUUGAAAAUGUGCGCAAACAAAAAGUUACGCGCAGUUUUUAGCGAUUGUAAUUCGAAAUGCUCGAAUUGACAAUGGUCCACGUUCAGCAGACUGAGCAGAUCAGUGAUCGCUUGGUGAUUCUUUAAUAUGAUUGAAUUUUGCCUUUAGAUCUUCAAUGGAUCUAAGAAACCAAUCAUAUUGAAGAAUCACUAAGCGCUCACUGAUCUGCUCAGUCUGCUGAACAAGGUCAAUGUAAAUGUCAAGUGUCAAAACAAAUGUAAAUUUUUCUACAAUUCAGUAUUACAUUUGCUGGAUGUCAAAUGCAAAAUAAAAAUGAGCACACGAGUGUUAAAUGACAUUCAUAAUGACUUGAAACAACUUAUAACAGCAAUCACAUCAUUUGAGGAGGAUGAAGAAGGGUUUCGGGUAUGCGAGCGAGUUUGCUCGACGAAUAUCAAACAUCAUCGCUAUCUUUCUAUUGACAGUCAUGCAACUAAAGAAGCUAUAAACGCACUGGUCACCAAAUUUACAAUUCAUGGAAAGUAUGAAUUAGCUAAAAAAUUUCAGGAACUAGUCGACACCUUUCUGUCAAGUUUUGACUUUGAGCAACAUCCACAGUACGACUUGCAGUGGUAUUUGUUAACACUCCUGUUAGAUCUGUCCACUGAAACUCACAAGUCAAAUCUAGAUAGUUUGCAACUCACCUGUGGAGAAUACAGUUUUAAUGGAGCUGCUGGAAAUGAAGACAGCAUUACAGAAGAGAUAGACUGGGCGCAAUAUUUGAGAGAGGGCCAGGAGAAUUUUUUCUGUGAUUAUAAAAGUGAUAAUAGUGAAAGUGAAUGGUCUGAUGCAACAGAAGAAGAGGGAAUUGAUGAAAAUGAUGUUUCUUCACCAUCGCAAAAACCCACUUCACAUUUGGAUGUAGCGCAACUUUCAGAAAGUCAUGACAAUACGGCGGAUAAAUUCUCUCUAGCAUUGGCGCAGAAUCUCGAAUCUACAAAGUGGCUUUCUUUAAAUGUUCAAAAUGAUUGGUGGAAUAAUCUACAAUAUCAAAAGUAUCCAGUUGUCAAACCAUCUUGCGAUGCCAGUAUUUGCGAUAUUUGGCACAAAAUAAGCUCGUCAGAUUUUAGCCACAGAGUGGCUACUCUCAGUGAGUAUCAAGUAUGCAGAGAAUUGUUAUGGAUGUUUUAUGUUCAAGCAACAAUGGUAGUGUUUCAACAGGAGAGCGAAUCGAAAUUUUCAAUACGUUCCGACAUAUCUAUACCUAGUUUGACAACUACUGCUUUUCAAAGUAUUCUAUCACCAUUCUGCGAAUGUUUCUCGAUGAUAAACGAGAUCGAAAGAUUUGGAACUGAUUUGCAAUCUGCUUGUUAUCACGAAUCAGAACUCCGAACUCCUCCUCUGACCUAUGAAGCGUACAAUGCUGCUCUUAAACGCCACUUGUACGAAAUUAAGAAUGAAGUGAUUAAACUAGAAAAGAAUAUAAUGGAACAAGAGACCUGCAAUACCUUCCUGUCUUUAUCAGAUAGUUUAAGACCAUAUAUUAUUACUAUAAAACUACUUUAUAAUAUACAUAAGAAAGUUGUAAUGGAUUGGAAAGUUAUUUCUAAUUGGAAGUGCGCAUCCCGACUGUUAUCGUCGUUAUAUUACGAAAUGCAGAAUUCUCAUAGUCUAGAAAGAACUAAUAUCUGUACAAACUUGUACCUGUGUAGUCUUACUGUUUAUCUUAAUAUAAUUGAUACGUGGCUAAGCGAAGGAAGAUUAGAAGAUUGGAGAGAUGAGUUUAUAAUAGUAAGAGUUUCAGACGAUGCUUUUGUGGAAAAUACUGAACAAAAUAAAAAAUUUAUAGUUCGUUCGUCUGAUGAUGAUGUUUGCUUGACUGAUCCAAUUAUGCAAUUCUUAUUGCAAAAAGUGCAACACAUAGGUCACAGUAUCGACUUGCUUGUUUCUUUAGAUCGAAUGAUUGAUAUAUGGAAAACGGAAAUAGACGACGUCAGGAUAUCGUUAAAUACCGAACUGCACAAUAAAUUACUGUCAGAAAUAUCUAAGUAUAAUCCGUCAGAAGAAACAGAUACAUCUGAGUUGCAAAUAAUAAUACAUGAUCAAAUAACAUUACAAGAAUAUGAUGACGAAGUUGAAAAAAAUAUAAUACAACAAUUAUUUACCUUGCACAAUCCGUUUCUCAUGAAAGCUAUGGAAGAUUACCUGCCACUUGAAUUAUAUACGAACGAUACGAUGGAUGCUCCUAUGUAUAAUAACGCCACCAAUUCCACGACAAAGCGAAAUCGAAUGCAUGACUUGUACAAAAAACUUCAAGAAAUGAAGUACAUCUUGCCGUUGCAAAACAUUUUGAAAAAUACCUUAUCUGAAAUUUUAAGUUUACGUUACAGUAGCGCUAGCAAGUUAGUAAAAAAUAUCAUGGUCGAGGAAUACAAGUUGCAAACACAUCUGAAGCUUUUGAGAUCUGUUUAUAUGAUGGAAGCUGGACAUGUUAUGAAUAAAUUUUAUCAAAUUUUGUUUUACGAGAUCGAAAAUAAUCAAAUGUGGGCUAAUUCAUAUUUCCUGUCCUGUAUUCUUGAAGAAGUGUUUUCUCAAUAUUGGCCAGAUAUAAGUUCACGCUGGUCCAUCACUGUUCAAAACAUCGUCACUACUCGUCAAUUGUCGCAAGCUGUGAAUAGUAUAACAUUGCAUUACACAGUAGAAUGGCCCAUAAGCAUAAUGUUAACAAAGAAAGUUCUGGAAAAAUACAAUGAAAUUUUUAGAUUUCAGUUGAAACUAAAGUGGGCUUUAUGGACGUUAAAUAACUUGAGAUUUUGCGAUUUGGAAGGUCCUAGAUCGUUUUGUAUAAAAGACACAGUGGAACAGUUUUAUAUAAGACGCCUCGAAAGCAUACGGUUUUGGUUGCUACAUGCAAUAGGAUCUAUACACACGUACUUAUCUGGUCAAGUAUUACAGAGUCUAGGUUUUAUAUUGGAACAAGUCUUAGCUCAAGCGGAUAGUCUUGAUACAAUUAUAUCAGUGCACAAUGAGUACUUGAACAAAGUGCACGAACACUGUUUAUUAACAGAAGAGUUCGAGGACUUGAUGGCGACCAUAAAUAAUAUGAUCGAAAUGUGUACUCACAUACGAGAUAGAUGGUCACGAAAAAAAUUAUUAUUGGCUACCGCAGAAUUGGAUAUAAUGGAGCAGAGUUACAUUAAAUAUCAUACGUAUCUUGCUUUAGCUUUACACAAUGCAGUACAACAUAAGGACGCGGAUUAUUGUAAGUUUCAGAAUUUACUAGCAAUACUCAAUAUAAUUCAACACAAUUGUCCACAAUUUACGAUUAUUAAUGAGAAACAGAACAAUGAUGAAAAACAAUUAAACAGUGUCCGUUAAAAUUUAAAAACAGGAAAUAAUGUAAUGUUUGAUUAUCUUCUUAAAUAAUAUAACAAUGAGACAUA